AUGAGGCUCUCUGAUAUUUCCCCAGACAGCAACAUUUGCUCUUUCCCUAUACGUCCUUCGUUCGAUUAUAGUUCUAACUGUCCUUUUAACUGUGAGAACAGCUUUGUCUAUAAGCUCAUUAGCUUGGUGAGCUGCAAGCAUCCGUUGCAUAAUUCUUCCCUCUUUACCCAACUUACUGAUUGUGAGCAAUAUAGCAAAUAUACAUAUAUACACGUUGGAAAUAUGCGUGUUCAAGAUAUGGAAUCUAUGUGCACGUUAAAGUCUUUACUGGCAACAUCUAAUUGGACUUAUCCAGCUCCUGAAUAUAUGAAUAAUGUGUCGCUCCCGGAAAUCCAUCAGUACCUGGUAUAUGGAUUUAAUCUAAAUUGGUACGAAUUGAUGUGUCGCUACGGCCAAGAAGGCAUUGGUCCGGAUCAGCUAGUCAGUUGCGACCAUUCAGAGCUUCAACAUAAAUGGGACGGCAUCAAGGAAACCUUCCUAUCUAGUAAAGGUCCAAUUGGAGGCUAUCUCAUGAUUUUAUUGCUCAUAAUUGCUAUUGUAUUUGGGGGGAUAACCAUUCCAGCAAAAAUCAUUAUCACCAUUGGACUUGUCACCUUUUUUUUUUUACUGAAACAACAACCGAUUGGCUCCCCUAUGCUCUAUCCAUUGGUGAUCUCCCCGGUCCUCGAACCCUUGUUGAUAUCCCAGCGAGGUAAGAUUCAUCGUGGGGUUUCUCUGCGCAAUGUGGUUCCUUAUCUACAAAUUCCGAAGAAGGCGUUUGUCAGUAUACGAGGAUAUAGCGGACUUCCUACAAAGCGACAACCGUCUCUCUCCAGCAAGCUUCGGAGUGGCCAUUAUGUAGCAGUCAAGCUAUUGGGAAAAGCUACGGUAAAUGGUCAAGAUUUCAUCAAUGAAAUCGGAACAAUUGGGAGGAUCCAUCAUGUCAACGUUGUCCAACUUGUUGGAUGUUGUGCAGAUAGAUCCAAGCGCGCACUCAUUCUCGAUUUCAUGCCAAAUGGCUCUCUUGACAAGUACAUAUUCAACCAAGAUAAAGCAUCUUCAUUGGAUUGGGGUAUCAAAUACAAGAUCGCAAUUGGUGUCGCUCGAGGGAUUAAGUAUUUGCAUAGUGGUUGUGAUAUCAAGAUCUUGCAUUUUGAUAUCAAGCCUCACAAUAUACUUCUAGACGACCAGUUUGUCCCGAAGAUCACCGAUUUCGAACUAGCAAAGUUAUACUCAGUAGACAAGGACACAGUGACGAUGACGGCUGCUAGAGGCACCAUAGGCUAUGUUGCUCCGGAACUCAACUGCAGAAGCAUUGGCCUAGUGUCUCACAAGGACGAUGUGUAUAGUUUCGGGAUGCUGUUGAUGGAGAUGGCAGGCGUAAACAGAGUGUUGAAGGGAAACAAAUAUGAUUCAACCAAGUAUUUCCCAGAUUGGAUAUAUGAUUGCAUUAAUAAAGGCGUGGGGAUUGGAAUUGUUGAAGAAGAGAACAACAAUGUUGACGAUAAGAAUGAGAUUGGAAAGAGUGUUCUUAAAAAGAUGACAAUCAUUGGGUUGUGGUGCAUACAAAUGAAUUCAGAAAAUCGUCCAUCAAUGAACGAAGUGUUGGAGAUGUUGGAAGGUGAUGUCGAAGAUUUGAAGAUUCCGGAGCAUCCAUCUCACUUAGUAAACGAGGACAAGAGUCGGGCUGCAGAUUCAGCUAGUUUUGUAUCACAGUUGGAUUAUGACAAUGGUAGUAUCAUUGAGAUUAGUAUAGCUUGA